AAUCAAACAGCAGGACUUCCUGCACUACACACACUAACAGAAUGGUUCUCAUGCGCACUGCAGGAACAGAUCUUCCUGUACUGGGGUGGUAACUGGACGUAGAAGUAUUGAGGGGACUGGAGUAAACAAGAUGUACAGGGUCUAAAGAGACUUGAACUAGCUGGGAGCCACAAGUCAUCAUGGUUAUCUUGCUGGUCCCCACACUGAAGAUUGUCCUCCUCUUAGCUGCUGUGUGGAGUGUGUGUACAGCAGAGUUGAUCACAGUGGAAGGAUAUGAGGGGGGCAAAGCAGAGAUCAGAUGCCCCUAUAGAGAGGAGUGGAGGAGCCACCAGAAGUACCUCUGUAAAGGGGUUUGUCCUGUUUUAAAUAAAGACAAAGUUAUUAAGACUGAGGCGGGGGAAAACAGUGCUUCUAAAGGGAGAUACUCGCUGAAGGACAACAGAGAGGAAAGUGUCUUCAUUGUGACCAUCACCAACCUGACGUUAAAGGAUGCUGGGAGAUACUGGUGUGGAGUGGAAACAGCCACAUGGAAACCUGAUCACUACGUUGAAAUCAACCUUAUUGUCUCUGAAGUUUCACCAGCUCUAUCAUCCCCACCUACCACCACCACCUCACCACCUACUGCCACAUCCAUGUCUUCACCAUCACCCUCAUCCAUGUCUUCACCAUCACCCAACAGAUCUGGUGAAUCAGUGGUCAUCAUAGUAUCUGGGACUCUGGUCAUGCUGCUAUUGGUGCUUGUGGUCAGCCUGCUCAUAGUCUAUAGAGGGAAAUUCAACAAGGAAACAGCUGACUCCUCAGCACCCAGGGUGAACACAGACACCAGGAUCAACAGAGAGGGUUGUCAUGGUGAUGGUGACAGUGAGGAAAUAAAGGACCGCCCCCUACAGUCCAGCUCAGGUAGUGAGACCACCACCAUCUACUCCACCGCCAAGUUACCCACUAGCCCCUCUGACUCUCAACUAUGCCAGCGUCAACUUCCACCAGAACCCCAGCUGCCUCAAUGAAGCCAGAGUCGCCUUCUCUAAAGUGGCCACUUCUUCUGGUGACUAUGCAGCUGUCAACAUUGGUCAAAGCCCCACCUACUCUACUGUCAUCUACUCCACAGUGAGCCAAUCCGGAGAACUCUGAGUCACUGACAGCCAAUCUCAAGGGACAUACACAUACUGGCAACCAAUCACAAGAAACAUGUCAUGAACUACGUUUACCACUAACAGCCUCUUGAGCACUGAGCUCUGUUUUUAGCAGACAGCUGCAUUAUGUGUUUCAUGUCCCCACAAUCAGAUGUUACCCUGACUUCUCUCUUCCAUCAGAUGUAUUUCCCUGGCUUCUCUCUUCCAUCAGAUGUAUUUCCCUGACUUCUAUCUUCCAUCAGAUGUGUUACCCCGACUUCUCUCUUCCAUCAGAUGUGUUACCCUGACUUCUCUCUUCCAUCAGAUGUGUUUCCCUGACUUCUCUCUUCCAUCAGAUGUGUUACCCUGACUUCUCUCUUCCAUCAGAUGUGUUUCCCUGACUUCUCUCUUUCC